AUGUUCGAUCAGACAGCAACUUGGGACGAAGGCAAGCCACCUUCCGAUACGAGCAGAGUCUCGCGGCUCUUCGAGCAGCCACUCCAGGACAAGUGGGCCUGCGACGUUUGGGUAAGGCCACAGAGUCAAGAGUUGGGCAAGAUAUACUUAGCAAGAGAGUACGAUGCCAUCGUCAAGUUUCUCGACCCCGAGAUGGCGCGGAAGGGGGAGAGAGCGAUGUAUGUCGAGAUUCAUCUGUUGCCGAAGAAGAUGCAAGAGGUAGAUAGGGUGCUGGGUUGA